AUGAUUUCUCGCAGUGUAAGGAUAAGGACCUUAAGAAGGUCCGUGGCCAUCUUUGCGAAGAGUCAUACUAGAUCAAUAGCGAAGUCUACUCUGCAAAGAGCUACCAUGAUAGCUGAUGCUAGGCCAACGCCAGCGCCCUCUUUCAAUAGGCUGGAAGGACCUAUAGCUAAAGAAGAGCGCCAGAAUGAUAUUACGAUGGACGACUCUUUCAUAGGGUUAACAGGAGGAGAAAUAUUUCACGAGAUGAUGUUGAGACAUAAGGUUGACACAGUGUUUGGGUACGCAGGUGGUGCAAUCUUACCUGUGUUUGAUGCUAUCUACAAUUCUGAAAAAUUCAAAUUCGUCUUACCGAGACACGAACAGGGUGCUGGUCAUAUGGCUGAAGGAUACGCUAAGGCAACUGGGAAGCCUGGUAUUGUUUUGGUAACUUCUGGUCCUGGUGCUACUAAUGUAAUAACUCCAUUGGCAGAUGCGCUUAUGGACGGUGUUCCUAUCAUUGUAUUCACUGGACAGGUGCCUACGACUGCUAUUGGAACAGAUGCCUUCCAAGAGGCUGAUGUCAUAGGUAUUUCAAGAUCGUGUACUAAGUGGAACGUUAUGGUAAAAAACGUUGCAGAGCUUCCUAAACGCAUAAAUGAAGCUUUUGAAAUCGCUACUACUGGUAGGCCGGGUCCUGUUUUAGUUGAUUUGCCAAAAGAUGUCACUGCAGCAAUUUUGAGAGAAUCUAUUCCAAUUAAUACUACCCUACCAUCAAACGCUUUGAGCAUUAUUACUAGAAGAGCAGCAACAGAGUUUACAUUAGAGGCUAUUAAGAGAUCGGCUGCCCUUUUAAAUCAGGCAAAGCGUCCGAUCAUCUAUGCUGGUGCAGGUAUCUUGAAUAAUGAGGAGGGACCUGCUUUAUUAAAAGAAUUAGCAGAUAAAGCACAGAUACCUGUUACCACCACCAUCCAGGGUUUGGGUGGAUUCGAUCAAAGAGACCCGAAGUCAUUGGACAUGUUAGGUAUGCACGGAAAUGCCGCCGCUAAUACUGCUAUGCAGCACGCUGACUUGAUCAUUGCUCUUGGAGCAAGAUUUGAUGAUAGAGUCACAUUAAAUGUCAGGAAAUUUGCACCGAAGGCGAAACAAGCAGCUUUAGAAGGCAAGGGGGGUAUUAUUCACUUUGAAAUAUCUCCUAAGAAUAUCAACAAGGUUGUCGAAGCAACAGAGGCCAUCGAAGGUGACGUGGCCACUAACUUGAGUAAAUUCAUCCCGUUAGUUGAAAAAGUUGAAAGUAGACCAAACUGGAUGAAUCAAGUUCAAGAAUGGAAAGAAAAGUAUCCUUACAACUAUCUGUUGGAGACCCCGGGCUCUUUAGUAAAGCCUCAAACAUUAAUCAAAGAAAUAGCAAAACAAUCAGCUACCUAUAACAAAGAUGUCAUUGUUACCACUGGUGUUGGACAACAUCAAAUGUGGGCUGCCCAACACUUUACCUGGACUCAACCCAGAACCAUGAUUACUUCAGGGGGUUUGGGUACAAUGGGUUUCGGAUUACCUGCUGCUAUUGGUGCACAAAUCGGUAAACCAGAUGCUAUUGUUAUUGACAUUGAUGGCGAUGCAUCCUUUAACAUGACGUUAACAGAGUUAUCGUCUGCGGUUCAAGCUAAUGCUCCCAUUAAGGUUUGCGUCUUGAAUAAUGAAGAGCAAGGGAUGGUGACACAAUGGCAAUCAUUGUUUUACGAACAUAGGUACGCUCAUACCCAUCAAUCCAAUCCUAACUUUAUGAAACUUGCUGAUGCGAUGGGUGUUAAGGGAAUUAAGAUAUCUACUCAAGAGGAAUUAGUUCCAAAAGUGAAGGAGUUUUUGGAUUAUUCCGGACCUGUUUUAUUAGAAGUUAUCGUUGAAAAGAAAGUUCCCGUUUUGCCCAUGGUGCCGGCAGGAUGUGGUUUAGAUGAAUUUAUCGUCUAUGAUGCUGAGGUGGAGAGACAAGAAAAUGAAUUAAGGAAAGAAAGGACCGGUGGAAAACAUUGA